AUGGAAGUUGCCUAUGGGAGGGGAGGAAGGAAAGAGAUAAAUCAGCUGUAUGACAAAGAGUUUGAAUCAGAAAGCUGCCAGAGCUCAGCAGCUUCUCCUCUCUCUCUGAUAAUGGAGGCUCUGGAAGAAGCUGAACUCUGCUUCCCCCAGCUCAACACCUCCUGCAGGAUGACGAUGCCUCCUCAAUUUGAGAUCACGAUCUCUUACACUGUGGUGUACUUCAUCGUUCUUCUGACUGUGGUUCUUAACCUGCUGGUCAUCAUCUCUAUCUCAUACUUCAGGCAGCUCCACACCACCACCAACCUCCUCCUCCUCUCUCUGGCUGUUGCAGACUUCAUUGUGGGUCUCCUGCAGAUGCCAAUUCUACUUCUCCACAACCAAGGCUGCUGGACCCUAGGUGACAUUAUGUGUGUUGUGAAUAACUUUUUAGGUUUCCUUGUUGUCAGCGUGUCAGUAGGAAACAUGGUUCUCAUAUCAGUUGACCGUUACAUAGCAAUCUGUGACCCCAUGUUUUACUCCACCAAAGUUACUCUGAAAACAGUUCAACUCUGUGUUUGUCUGUGUUGGAUAUUUUCUGCUGUCCACAGCACUUGGAUAUUGUGGGAUGUCUUCGAACAACCGGGCAGGUAUAACUCCUGUUAUGGAGAAUGUGUAGUCAUAAUUACUUUUGCUGAAGGAGUAGUUGAUCUUGUUGUGACCUGUUUUGGCCCCAUUGUUGUCAUCAUACUCUUGUAUUUGAGAGUAUUUGUGGUGGCUGUGUCUCAGGCUCGUGCCAUGCGCUCUCACAUUGCAACCGUCACACUCCAGCGUUCAGAGACUGUAAAAGCUAAGAGAUCUGAGAUAAAAGCAGCCAGGACUCUUGGUAUUGUAGUAGUUGUGUUUCUUCUGUGCUCCUGUCCGUAUUAUUUUCUCACUGUUGCAGCUUUUAACAACUUAAUUGGGACGUCAAUUGCACUGAUUGAGGUUUGGUUGUUGUAUUUCAACUCCUGUUUAAACCCAGUGAUCUAUGUUUCUUUCUAUCCCUGGUUCAGAAAAUCUAUUAAAAACAUUACUACACUUCAGAUACUGCAGCCAGGCUCCCGUGAUACCAGUUUACAGUAG